AUGAAAGACGUGUCUGAAGGUUACGAUCGCCAUCAUGUCAGGCUGCUGAGCACCGCACGGCAAAUCAACUCCCACUGGUGCAAGUGGGCAACUGAGAACGUCACUUUCUUGGCACCUUGUCAAGCUGUCGCUGGGGAAGAGAUGGGUGAAAAGAUACUUAAAACGUUUCCGAAUGUGCAAGGUCUGAAGUUGACAAACUGGGUGCGGUAUGGGCAUCGUGGCUUGGAUACUUGGCUGAGAAUGGAUUGCCUGAGGCAUCUUGAGCUUAGAGAGUGUGAUUACAUCCGGGAUGAGGACCUAGCUUGUCUCGGUGCAUGUUCCAACCUGACGUUUCUGGACUUGGCAGAAUGCAGUUGCAUCACAGGGGUGUUUCUUGGGCACCUCAGCACUCUAUAUGGCCUACAGCACCUUAAUCUGUCUGGCAGCAGCAUGUCUACCUUUAAUCGGCUGCCAUUUCUUAGCACUCUCACAUUCUUGGGUUUGAAUUGCUGUGGGAACUUCUCAGACGUCGGCCUGGAGGAGGUGGGGAAGAUGGCAAGCCUUACAAAGUUAGAUUUGGGGGGCUGUGCAAAGUUGUAUGGUCGAGGCUUGUCGCACCUGACCACAUUGAGUGCUCUGUCGCACCUCAACCUGGAUAGUUGCGACAUGAUCGGCAGUGUGUACUUGGGAUACCUUGCCAAGUUCACGGCCCUUGCAUAUGCCAGCUUCAAUCGAUGCAAGCAGCUGCCGGACGAGGUCCUGGGGCACCUGGCCGACUUGACGAGCCUCACGUGCCUCAGCCUUCGUAACUGUGACAGCCUCAGCGAUGUGGGUUUUAUGUGCCUCGGGACCAUGACGCCUCUGACGUAUUUGAAUCUGGGUUGCUGCAAGAAAAUCACGGAUUUGGGGUUGUGCUGCUUGGAUAGUUUGACAUCCCUAUCAUAUCUAUCUCUCUGCGGGUGUGAGCAGAUAACAAAUGCCAGCGUAGCUCGUCUGUCAAACAUGGCUUCCCUCGUGCAUCUUGAUUUGUUUGGAUGCAAGCAAAUCACGGACGUGGGCAUGGCGCAUUUGUGCUCUCCUUCUUUGCCUUUGAUGCACCUCGACCUUUCACAUUGUGUGGGUAUCACUGACGUAGGCCUGAAGUCCAUUGCAAAAUUGACAGCGUUGACGCGUUUGAACUUGCACUGCUGCCGGGGAAUUACACAAGUCGGCUUGGGUUGCCUGAGGGAAGUAAACGCCCUCAGAGUUGUAGAGUUGUUUGGUUGCUCUGGAUUGUCGCACAAGGUGGUGAAUGACUUGCCGAAUGUCAGAUUCAUGCAAUGGUAG